AUGAAGUAUGGAACAGAUGCCAGGAAAGUCAACUCGACGUUCAUGAGUGUUUUCGCUAGGUUUGGGUUACCGGAUGUAGUCGUUACUGAUGGCGGACCACCGUUCAAUUCGAAGGAGUUUACGGAUUUUAUGGAAAGACAUGGAGUGAAAGUCAUGAAGAGUCCACCGUAUAAUCCGUCAAGCAACGGUCAAGCGGAGCGCAUGGUGCGAGUUGUCAAGGAGAGUUUGAAGAAGUUUUUGUUGGAUCCAGAGUUGAGCAGUGCUAGUACCGAGGACUUAGUUUCGUACUUUCUGUUUGGUUACCGGAAUUCGUGUUUGGAAGAGGACAGCAAGUUUCCUUCUGAAAGGUUAUGGGCCCAGGGACGCCCUGGUGGUGGUUCGGGAAGCGAGGAGACCGAGGUGCGGUAUCCAAGAUACGAUGAGGAGGCCAAUACCCGAUGA